UCGUCUAUAUGCACCCUGUAGAACCGAAUUUGCGUGACCGCAUAACAACCGCAAAUUCGCGUCUACGGGAAUACAUGGGCGAUUCCAGAUCCCCUGUUUUGCUACGUUUGUAGGUCCACCAGUGGUCUAUGGAACAGUCAGUGACAUAAGGCCAUGAAUGACUUGGACUGGUGGGGGGUAAUGAAGAUACUGUAUAAUGCACAGGAGAAGCAUUUUUGGGCAAAUUGCAGUUGUUUUUCACUGACUACUUGCACCAUCAGUGUCAGGCCUAAAAGCAAACUGCAUAAACAGAGGCAUUAAAUUCUGUUUCUGGUCCUGGGCUUUGCAGAUACUCACUCAAAAAAUGUACUGUCAGGAAAAGGAAUCAAGUUUAUAUUAAUUGAAUUGACGCGUUUUAAAAGCGUAUUGAAACUUACUGAAAGAAGGCAAUUAUCCGAACAUUACAUCAGUCAGUCAAAACAAGAAAGGGUUAAUUGUGUUUUCCCUGGUGUAUCUCCACCUAGUAUCUGGAGACGCAUGGAGACGCAUCAUCUUCAUCGCCAUCAACAGCUUCAUCUAUUUACAGAUUGGACGCGUUUGCCUAUAUUUUAUUAAUUGUCUCUAUGCUGAUUUGGAAAUAUGAUAUCGUUAGGGUCAAUUUGACCCCAGCAAUUUAAACUCCUGGGAAAUAUGAAAAAGGUCAAUUGGGAGUUCUGUCCUCUCUUCCCCCGUUUGGUGUGAUCUACCAGUGGUUCUUGCGCUACUACAGGUGUGGUUAUAUUAGGCUAUCCCAUAAAGGUGGUGGUGGGGGGAGGGUCUUUUUUGAACAUCAUAAAAUCGCAUGUUAGUGACCUCAAUAUCAAAUGUGUAUAAAGUGUUUAUGUUUAUUCUGUUUCAUACAGCUAAAACUGUACUGGGUCAAACUGAACCCAAAGAACACCAAUGAUGUAUACAAAAUGUACACAGAACACUGAAAGCAUAUCAGGUUAAUUUCAUCCUCAUGCAAUUGUACCAACAAAAUUAAAAAAGUCGUUAAAUGCGAAGCAAAAACACGUUAAUCGUUCAUUUUGAGACGGUAAACGUUGAAUGGGGUCAAAUCCACCCCAAAGACAGCAGCGAGGUUAAUUACUUAAGCAAAACAUCUAGAACCAGAAACUUCAAAGUCUUUCGGUUUUAAGGUAACUUUAAGGUCUGAAUUUUAGUUUAUGCAGUCUGCUUUUCUGCAUAGUGUUGAUGGUAAGUGGAUCUUGAUGACCCUUAUGUAUGGGUCAUUUGAAGAGUGGCACUAAGCGGGGUUUUAAUGAAGACUCAUUUAAUGAGCCUGGUCUAUUCCUCAUCUCAGUAUAGCUGUUGUUUCAAAUCUAAAGGCUUAGUUUAACAUGGAAUAUGCUAACCCGUUGUAUUCUCGGCAUAGUGCAGGAUUCCGGUUCUUUUCAAAUGUGCAAAAAGAAAUGCUGACAAUAUUCCUAUUAACUAAAACAAGCUAAACUGGGAAGCGGAGUAAAAUGGGUUAUAAUGCAUGUUCUACACUGUCCCAUUGCUUGAUGGUCAAUUUAUCCCACAGCCAAGCACUGAGAAUAGGUGGUUGGCCCUUCUUUCAGAUUAUAGUCAAGAUUAUGAGGAUGCACCAAACAAAUCUAAACGAAAAAAUACAGGUAAACAUUGGCUUCCGUAUCCGGGAAUUACCUCACCGCCUGCCAUUGGGCUAUAACGUGAUCACGUGGUCCGAGUAACUUUACGGGGUCCCCUCGCUGGUAGGAGGGCUUUAUAGAGCAGAAAAACGACAAAGGUGGGAAAAUUUAUUUCUCCCUCCCGAAAUUAAUGACCAUGAGCUCGUAUUUGAUGGAGUCUACCUACAUCGAUCCCAAAUUUCCUCCUUGCGAGGAAUAUUCCCAAAAUAACUACAUCACUGACCACAGUCCUGACUAUUACAGACGUACACGGGACGCCGGCUACCAGCAUCACCACCAGGAACUAUAUCCUCAGCGCGUGGGCUACCAAGAGCGCCAGUAUGACUGUGAAAGCAUCCCCGAGCCCGAGCCUCAACAAAGGCAUGGACUCGUCCACGGGGGGGACCUGCAGGCGGCUCCGCCGACAACGACGUCCCCUUCCGCGCCGGCGACUGCGCCACCAGCCUGCAGCCAAGCUGCCCCCGACGUGCCCACCGACCCAGCUGGGACUAAGCAGCCCGUGGUCUACCCCUGGAUGAAGAAAAUUCACGUCAGUGCGGUGAACUCCUGUUAUAGUGGAUGUGAACCCAAGCGCUCGCGCACCGCCUACACCCGCCAGCAGGUUCUAGAGCUAGAGAAGGAGUUCCACUACAGCCGCUAUCUAACGCGGCGAAGGCGGAUCGAGAUCGCCCACGCGCUGCUCCUCUCAGAGCGGCAGAUCAAAAUUUGGUUCCAGAAUCGCAGGAUGAAGUGGAAGAAAGAUCACAGGCUGCCCAACACCAAAGUUCGACCAUCCUCCACUGCUGGCUCGAGCUCGGCGGCCGCCACAGCAGCCCACAACCCACCCGCGAGCGGCAGCGACUCCCCCAACGCACGAGCCCAGGAUAUUACCAGACUAUAGACGAAGCGAUGCUUCGUGGACAGAAGGAAAAAUAAAUAAAUAAUAUUUAUACAAAAUGCAUUGUUUUUAUACAUCGACCAACACGAAGACAUGAUGCUCCCCUGGCGCUUUUGGGUUUCAUUAAGUUUCAUGGAAUGAGAAUAAUCUCUGAGACUGUUCGGCUAGCAGGGUUAAUUUAUUCAGCGUAUUUAUUCUUCUUCUUUCUGCUUACUUGAAAUCAUGGGACAGUUCAGUCCAACAUGCACAACGUGAUGUAUUUAUUUAGGCUGUAACUAAUUCGUCUCGUAUUUAUCUGACGUUGUUCGAGGUCUAAUGUGAUGGGAAAAGAUGCUAACAUAUCUGGAUUUUCAGAAAUCUAAAAUCUGCUCACCUCAAACAAAAUUAGAGUUUUUACAUUUUUGGUGGUAGGCCUACAGGCGACUAUCUCUGUAUAUUAGAAUGUGAUUUUAACUUGUAAAGUGUAAAAUUCAGUGCCUGUUUUGUAAUGUAAGUGAUUGUGGUCAAUAAAUAAAACGGUGUCGAAGCAAAA